AUGCCACCUCGAACUGCCAGCAAGAAUGUCAAGGCUGAUCAAGAGGAGCCUCCGCCAAAAUACGAGGGCGGUGAGUAUGAGCUAAAAGAUGUUGUCGUUGGUGCCAAGCUGUAUGUGGAAAAGAUCAAUUCAGAUACCGGUGAAUGGGAGCAACGUUUGGCGGAAGUGCUCUCGAUCCGCGAAAAGCGACAAAAUAGACUUCAUCUCCUACAAGAAAUCCAGGAAAAGGGUGAACAUGCCGUUAAGGAAAAGGAGCCAGAACUCGAUUUCUACGUUCAUUACUGUGAAUUCAACAAGCGAUUGGACGAGUGGGUGCCAUCGGCAAAGCUAGUGUUGUCGCGAGAGAUGGAAUGGCCCAGGCCGCCAGAAUCAAGCUCAUCCAACAAGAACACGAAACGUAAAGUCGUGCAGGGUGUGCGCUCUGUUCAAGGUACUCCUACUCGCGCAACAACGCCUGCCCUCCGGCGAGUCAGGCGGUCCGGGGGCCGGUAG